AUGAACAACGCCAUCUACAGGACGCUGCUGGAAGAGACCAGCAGCGACUCUGGCGUGUUCGAGGGAACGAUCGAGUACAAGAUGCUGAACCAGUUGUCAGUCGACGACGCGGGCACGUACGAUGACGUGGUGGCCGUGGACGACGAACUGGUCAUCAUACUGGACGACGGCUACACCGGCACCAGCGCACCAGAGGUCGCAUACGACGGCGACCACGUGAGAGAGGAUGCUCCAACAUACACGGGCGAGGUCAGCUUUGACUCUGCUACCUACAGGGUAGCAGACGAGGUGACCGUCACCUGGUGGACCCCGACCUUAACGUUGACGCCGGCGCAAUCGACAUAUACACCGUUGACGCCACGAGCACAGACAGACGCAGACACCCUGCUGCACCUUGAGAUAUCCGACGGCUGUACAAUAGACGACUUUGAGAACUUCUCACUGCGCGAGACCGCAGACGACAGCGACACGUUCGAGGGAUCAUUUGAGGUUCCGAGCAGGAGUGCAACGGCUCAACGACAGGCGAAGACAUCUCGGCCACCUACUAUGACUUCAGGGACUCAUCCGGCGGAACGACCGAAUGGGGCGACUCUGCCACGAUCGGUGCAGACACCGGCUCUGUCAGCUUUGACAGGACCGUCUACCCGGUACCGGCAGCAGACUCUGACAGUCAUGGUAUACGUGUCAGUCGAUGACGGGGACUUUGAUGAGUCAUCCACAAGCGUGGAGAGCAUCGCAGUUACCGAAGGCGACGCACCCGUAACCGUGAAGGUCAUAACCACCGACGAAGACUAUAACCUUGAGCAAGGAAGCAUAAUCACCGUAACCUACAACGACCCAACAGACGCAUCGGGCAACGAGAACUCGGUGUCCGACUCUGCCACAUUCGACCUGAGAAACGCCGUGCUGCAGUCAGACAAGUCAACCUACGUGAUAGGCCAGGACGCCCUCCUGACGCUGAUAGAGCCAGACCUAAACCUGGACUCCGACAGCCAAGAGACGCUUCCCCUGGACAUCAUAGCUUGGGACUCUGACGCAGAAGGCAAGGCAGACCUCUCCUUCGGAGAGUUCGGAGCAGUGCCGUCAAACCUCAGGGAGACUGAUGUGAACACUGGAAUCUUCCAGGUUGUCAUCACGAUACCCGAGGAGAUCAACGGCAACGCGCUGGAGCGCGGCGAGGAGAUCACGCUCACAUACACAGACUAA